CGAAUGAGUAUGAAAGGAGGGCCGAACUAGUCCUUAAACCCUUUGAAGAAGAAGAUCCCUAGGGUGGUAAGGAUGUUCAGUGGAUGAUGGAGUUAACGCUGGCUAGUUCGCAUAGUCUGGUGGAGGACAUGAGGACGAUCGAGGAAGGACCAGGCCAGGUAGAACGGCAUGAGGACCUGGUGGGAGGAAUGUAUCUCCUCGUCAACACGUUAUUGCAGGAAAGCCUCGACCAGUCAGGCUCGUUGAACGCGGCAGGGAAUGUGGACGAAGUGCCCGAAAGCCAGGACGACGAGUUCGAGGAGGGGGAGAUUAAGGAGGCUUUUCGUGCAGAGGAGUAUGAUGGGAUCUACUUAGAGCUGGGGCUUCUUUUGUCUUGCGAAAUGCGGCUAAGGGAUGCGAGCGAUAGGGCUCAGAGGAUGCUGCAGCGCUACUUAGUACGAGACGACCACCUUUUCGUAAGGAGAGAAGUGGGGAAUCCCAGGAGAGUCGUCUGCGGUAGGAACCGUCAGAUUGACGUCAUAGCAGCGCUUCAUGACGGCAUUGCAGGAGGGCAUCGCGGGGUACAAGCCACGUAUGCCAAAAUAAGUGAGUUGUACUACUGGGAUGAGAUGAUGGACAUGGUCGGGAAGUUCUGCCGAUCUUGCGUACCCUGCCAGGAGAGAUCCCGUUUAAGGCAAGGAGAGUCGCUGCAUCCAAGGCUAGAGCGAGAGGUGGGGGUUGUAGUGCAUCUCGAGCUACUUUUCAUGCCGCUUGGGGAUCAGGGCUAUAACUACAUCUUCGAUGCGCGCGAUAACCUGUCUGGCUUCGUAGAUGGGCGUGCCAUUCGUACCAAGCUCGGUUCAGUCUUGGUUAGCUGCAUCGAGGAGUACUACCUGCGUUAUCCUUUCGUCAGAGUUCGUAAUGGACAGGGGAUCCGAGUUUACCUGCCAGGAGGUGCAAGAACUGCUAUCAAGGUGGGGGGAAUAGAGGAAAGGAUCCAGGAGGCGUCUGAUCAGGUGGCGAGAAGCCGUAUGGAUGAUAAGGCUCGCUGGGACCAGUCUGCACGGGUGAGGAAAGUUCCUUUGACGGUUGGGGACGUCGUGCUCCUCUACGAUUCAUCGUUGGAGAAGCAGUGGUCCAGGAAGCUCGAUAAGAGGUGGUUAGGUCCCUAUCGGAUCAUACGGGUUGGAGACUUUGGAGCGUACCAGAUUGAGGAGCUGAAUGGGACUGAGUGGAAGGAUUGGGUAUCUGGAACGCGAUUGAAGAAAUUUGUGGCGAGAGAAGAGAGAUCGGAGGCAGCAGGAGCGCUCCCAGGUCAGCCACCCAGCGCGCCAGCUAAGGCCCUGGAGAUCCUAAAGAUGUGGAGGAAUUUCUGGGAGCAGAGAGGAGAGGAGCUCCCUUCGCCAACCAGAGCCGGGUUUGGGGUAGCCAGGAAGGCGGAAGAAAGGUUAGAUCGCAAAAUCAAGUUCCUGGCCAAGACAACUUUUGACCGACACUUGUUAUUGGAGAGCGAUCUGGCAGGGAAGAAGACAAAGGAAGCAGGCCAUGGAGUACGCCUGAAGGCUAUGGAGGUGGAGAUCCAGGAACUUAGGGCUUUGGUGGCCAGUAAGGCGGCUAUCAUUGAAAGUCUGAGGCAGCAAUCUCAAGGGAAGGUGGACAAGCCAGAGAGCAGCCGGCAGCGGGACCAGAGGCGGCCAGGACAUGGUUUGCUAGGACAACCAUCUGCAGCAGAGCCUCGCCAGGAGCCACCUAUGGGGAGAGUUAUCCUGGGGCCAGAGGAGGCGAGAGCCCAGAGGGAAGCAGAGAGAGAGGCUUUCGAGUUCAGAGCCCCUACUGAGCUCGCAACGCUACCUAUAGCAGCGACGAACCCAGUCAUACCUUUGGCAGUUGAGGAGGGGCUACCACCAUCCAACAGUGAGUCAGCUCAGGGCUCAGCAGAGGGAUCCAUGGGCGUGCUCCUUGAGGCGGUGCAUACUAUGCAGGAGGAGACGAGUUUGUUUUCACUUGAGCAGAGGAUAGAGGAACCUCUUGUGAGAGAGAUGGGGAUUGAGGCGGAGGGUGUCAUCAAGGGCGGGCUCCAGAGGUUGGGCACGCCUGAGUAUGGGCCAGAGGGGAUUGAGGAUCAACCAGGGCCGAGUACCCAGGAGGUGGAGACAGGAGAGGAGCCUUUGGAUAUGCCUCAGAGCCAUGAGCUGAGCAGGGAGGCCAGCGAAGCGCCAUCAUCGCUAGGAUCUCAGAGAGGAAAGAAGAGAUUCAGAAAGUGGUUUGAUACGCCCUGCUUCUUCUGUACAAAAGAGGGGCAUCGAGCCUUUCAGUGUCCUAAGUUCCUGAAGGACAAGGCUGAAGGAAAGGUUACAGAGGAGGGAGGCAGGAUGUAUGAUAGACAGGGCAUGAGAGUGGAGAGAUCGGCAGAUGGGGGUAGGGCUCAGCUGCAUAGGCAAAACCAGGAGGAGAUGAGUGAGCAGGACUAAGUUACCUAUAUGGUUGACGUGUUGCGUACAGGGCUAGAGUUA